GGGAGUGUUUACAGUGAGGGAGGGAGGCAGCGGCGGCGGGGCGGCGGUCAUGGGACACGGCCACUCUCCGCCUCACCCCGCACACCCAGCACGCACACCGCCGCCGAGGCACCUCGACCACCUUCCUUGGACAACGCCGCGACCUUAGGCGUGGCCGCGAAGGGAGGAGGGCAAGGAUUAACCCGCUGCGUGGCCUGACGGGAAGCACGUGCCAUUGGACACAGCCACUGGUAGCUUGUUAAAAACUACGUGACUGAUUAAGGAAUGUCCAGCUGUUCCUUCUGCUAGAAGGUCAACAUCAUGAGCAUUUAACUCAAUGUAGGCCGGAUCAUCAUGUUCCUGGUGGUGGAGUUCUGUAGCUCCGGGGACAUGGUGGUCAUUCCAGACUCGUGGACCAGCGACCAGCGACGAAACGCCUGGUGGCCACCCUACCAGUCCGCCGCACGGCUCAGCAAUGCUGUGCGCUCCAGAGAAGUGCCGGGCCAGGACUGGGGUAGCGGUCCCAUCAGGACCAUCCAUGAAGCAGACUCCUACAAUAAGGCCAGACGGAAGCUGACUCAGGUGGAGCAGCAGCCACCGGAGGCCCAGCCCAGCGACGCCAUGACACUGCGCCGCUCAAAGAGGAGAAAAAGAGCCCCGAGCCGUUACACCGACACAGAGGCGCUGAAGAGGGACGAGCCACCACAGACCAAGAGGAGAAGAAAAUCCCUCGCCCGGUCCACCAGCGACAACAGUGAGGCGACGUCAGCCAGGAAGCCGCCCCCUGCACGCCCUCCACCACCCCCACUGCCUGCCAGGAGGUCACGCCGGGCCCCCCCUCCACCGCCCCCGCCCCCUCCAGCACUGCCGUCACCUCCGGACACCCAACACUCAGGUCCAGCGCGUAGGAUGCUUAGUAGUGCCCGUGGAUCGCGCAUCCUGACCAUCCUGAAGGAGAUCCUGGCGGAGCAGCGGUCCAUCCGGCGGAUGAUUGAGUUCAUCAUGAUGCAUGAGGGGAUGGUGUACGAGGAGGAGACGGUCCUGCCCAGGGAGGAGUAGAGGGAGUCACUGUGAGUGCUGUGCGGGAGAUGAGUGGUGACAAGGACUGACCCAGGCAGCCAAAAAGACAAGUCUCUCCUCCUUCCCCGGGCUGAAGGUGUCCAGGGUGUCCACCAAUCCAUGUGCACCAUUCCAAGCAGUGUUCAUACUGGGGGAAAAUAUUCAAAGUUAACCUGAGGGACUGAAAUGAAGUACAGUUGGCCUCCACACCGGUGGGGGUCAGGGGUUCGGAACCCCCCCCCCCCCCCUGGUGAAAAAUUGAAUAUGUUUUGUCCCCCAAACCCUGAAACUCUUUACAGCACUUUACUUCAAGAAAUUAGUGCAUAGUACUUUAACACACACACACAAGCAAUGAUAGCACUCUGAAUAGUUAGUAAUAGCUUCAUCCCAUUGUUUUUAAUUUUUCUCCAAAAUCUGUGAACAAUCAAAUUCACAAAAGUAAAAUCUGUGAGUGUUAAGGCCGACUCUAUGUCAUAAAGAUUAAUAUUUUUUAACAUUGAAUUUUAUAGCACAGAUCAAGUAUUCCAUUGUUUAUUUCCUGCCUUGAACACCGACUGGAAUGGUGUGCAUGUAAUGGCCACCCUGCCUGCCUGCCAUCUAUGUUAGCUCCUCUGUAAAGAAAUGGCUGCCACUAAUCUGUCUGCCAAGCCGUCACUGCCCAGCCACCAAGAAUGAACAAGAGGCGUCCAAGAGGAAGUUGGGCUUGAGCUCCACUGCUGGGAAGGUGGCCGUCACCACCCUGUCUGAGGCGUCGCUGCCCACCCACUUGAAUGACGAGGUGCAAGCUUCUCUUCAGGUCUGGCUGGUGUUCAGGGUUGUUCAUCGGCACCAACACCAAGGGGCCGGGCUUCAGUUUAAGGUUCUGUGAUACAAGUGGCAUGGACAUGAGGGCAGCUGAGGUAGCUGAUAGGUUUGAAAGUGUCUGAUUUUCUCCACAUGAUCCAGGAUUUGGACCCAGUACAGGCUUCCUGCUAUUCAGGAGUGAGAUUUGUUGCUAAAAAUGUUAGCAAGUAGAAAAGUUGGGUGUCAUUUUCCCUUGUGCUGCCGUUAUGCUCAGCUAGACACGUUCUUGGGAACAACACUCACGCCGAGGGGCCGAGCAGCCACCAGAGUAUACGAGGCUUGGGAGGCGCUAGGGGAUGGCUGUGGUGGAGGCUGGUGUGGGAAUAUUUAUACUCACAGAACCAUAUUCUUCAAAUUAAACACUAUUGCAAUUCUAUUAUGAAGUAUUUUGACAUAUAUCACUGUAUUACAUCCCAUAAUCUGACUCAAUCAUGUUUAUUUCUUAAUAUUUUUCAUUUUAUGAAGUUUUAACACAAGUUUCAUUUGUAACUGUCAAGGUAAAGGAUCAAAUUAUUGCUAAGUUAAAGAAUUCCUGCCAAGCAUCACUAAAUAGCGGGACGCCUGUGCCUGAGAGUUGUGAGUGGAGCGUUCUGGCAGCUGUGCCGAGUCGCCAGGAACGCUGCGUAAAGAUAGCAAAGAAAACAUUAGAGGUACAUUCUGUUUUAUGUGUAUUAUCUUAUCAGUGGUCAUUUUUAGGGUCACUCGCUGAAAGGAACCUUGUGUAAAAGUGGAACAAGUUGGUGGUAACACAUUCUUGCUGGAGCUUGUAACUUUAAUGACCAUACGUAUUGACCAAGGUGUCUGGUGCUGGUGUUUGGCCCUUUGCCAGGUCACCGGCACCAGUAAUAAGGUGUGUGUGUGUUAACUUCAUCUUAGGUAAUCAGCAUUAAUCACUUCCCACCUGCUGAGAAACCAUAGCAGUCACAAGUCAUUACAUUAUGUUCAUUCCAUGCUAAUGAAACCUCAUCCUCUGUACCAGCACUGCUCACACUGAGGGACUCGAGCCAAAAGUACAAUAGUUUGUUUCUUCAGCAUAUUCAUGAUUGACGUGCCACUUUCUGCUCUUGCAGUGUGAUGCUUUGUGACUUUCGGGGUGCGAGUGUUUAUCAUUGGUGGCUAUUUUUCACAGAGGCAGAGUGGGAACAAAGCUGUGUACUAUAUCAAUGAGUGCUGUGGGCCAAAAGUAGGUGUUGUCCCCAGUGGUUCCUCUCCCAGCGUGGACUGGAACUCGGGGACACACACUCCAGAGCAGGCGUCCCCAAACUCACCAUCCCAUUGACCCCUUCACAAAGUUUCAGAUUCCUCAGCCUCCAAGCAUUUAUCACACAAAAAUUAUUAAGUGAACACAUCUGACUUAUUGUACUGUGACUGACGAUAACACACGAGGGUAUAGUUAUAUCAGGACCAGUGAGGCGGGGUACAGGCACACAGAAAGGCAUCCCUCGCUACACUAUUGGGUCGCAUCUGUUGAAAAUUAAUCAUAUCAGUAACAUUACGACAUGCCUAAUGGGAACACAUUCUAGACACUCCAAAAUAAUGAAGAAUUGAUCAUUAAAAAAAGUCCCAAAUAUGGUACAAAUUAGUGAUGGAGGACUCUCAAAACUUGUAACUGCAAAAGUCCCAAACAUUGUGCUGCUGUGUUGCUCACUCCUCUAUCCUCACCGUGGUGCUUAGACUGUCAAGCUUCACUGCCAACACUAGGCUCUCCUUGGCACUGAUAGACUCAUUCCCACCACGCUUAGAUGCCAUCGUUACUGCAACCGUAACAAGACACAGGUUGAACACAGGCACUUUGUGUCACGUGAAACGGGAAAGAUGUGUCCAUACGUUCGACUGCAAACAGAGACUUGGCAUAGCAUGGGCAAGGAACAUAUUCCCCUGUGCAGCAUAACAAUCGUAUGAUCACACUGUGCACCAUACUGAUUACCUGAUCACCACCACUGUGUGCCCCAAUAGCCACGACCAACAGACAAGACUGUGUAACCACUUGCGGGAAUUGUAUAUUGGAAGGGAAGUUCAAGAUCAUACAUGCAAUGGUGAUGGUUGCUUGUAUACAAACAUCAUGUGGCACUAGUGUAAAUUAUCACAUGAUAUUGCAUAGUAUUUAAUUUCUUAAACACAUUUCAGCUUUUGACUCAAAAGAUUGACCUCUCACCAAUUACUACAGCUUGGGCGGAUGAUUUCUGCGCCAGAGUACGCGCAUCGAGAGUUGCCACAACUUCAUUUUUGCCUCCCGUACAAUCAUUAAAACACAAGAGGCAUUAAUCGUGUGUUUGGCAGUGACUUGCAGCUAUUUCUCCACUCACUGGUGUGAGGGAAGUAGGGUCUCUGUCACUCCCCUCCCUCCGAUGUGGGUUGACAGUUUGUAUAGCUUUGAACAAUUUAGCCUGAAAUUUCACCUACAUCCUUGUAUUUCCACCCAUUUUUGCUGGAUUACAUAUUGGAUGGAAAACAAACAGUAGGUAAAACAAUACCAGCAAUCUCUGAUCUUUACAUUGCUGGGCAAAAUGAAGCCUCCUCUUCCUUUGGAGGUCAUUUAUCAGUGGCUUCUUUCGUGCGCAAUAACACCUGCAGCCAAAGUCACGUUGCAAAAUUUCUUACACUGUACACAGCGACACAUCACCAAGAAGAGUGUGGGUUUAUUCUUUCAAUUUCCUGGUUUUAAGGCGAGGAGUGACAUCAAGCUAUCGUCUAAACGUGUUCCUGCUUCUAUAAAAAAAAUAUUAUGGUUUCCCUGGUUGUUUCUUAAGGAGCAUGACCAUUCCCUCUCUGCCAGCCUUAAAUCAGUUGAUCAAGUUUCACACUGUUCUAAGCUUGUCUUUUAAGCUUGCAAAUUUCCCUAUUUCUGUUCCCAGCAAUGUGUUAUGCACGGGAAUUUUCCAAUCACUCACUCAUCUCUCAGCCAGAGCCCAGCAGUAAGAGGCUGGUGCCAGUGACACUCACACGUAGUUGCUCUCUCGUUCUGCUGCUUGUACAUAUCGUUGCUGUUGUGCUUUCAAGAAAUAUAGUUUGGCCAAGAGCACAAACUUUUCAUAACCAUAGAACCAUGGUGUUAAUGUAAAGAUCAGAGAUUCCUGGCAUUGUUUUGCCACUUGCAUGUUUUCCAUCCAUUAUGUAAUCCAGCAAAAAUAGGCAGAAACACAAGGAUGUGGGGGAAAUAUCAGGCUGAAUUGUUCAAGGUCAUACAAACUGUCAACCCCCACAGGAGUGAGGGGGACCCUCCCCUUCCCUCACACCAGUGAGUGGAGAAAAAGAUGUACGUCACUGCCAGACAUGAGAUUGAUACCUCUUGCGUUUUAAUGAUGGUAUGGGAGGCAUAUAUGAAAUUGUGCGGCACAUCUCAAUACGCGGACUCUGGCGCAGAAAUAAUCCACGCAAGCUGUAUUGACCCCUUUUGACUCCCUGCCAAUUAUUGACCCUUUGGGUGGUGCCAUCCUCCCCUGGGGGUCUGUUUUGACCACUUAGGGGACUCCUGCUCUGGAGCCUCAACUGUGCUGGAUGAAAAGUUUAAUUGUGAAUAAAAGAGUUCAGUACGUUUGUGUUUCAUGCAUCUUUGGUUUGUAGUAAGGUCAUGUCCAGUGGUUGUUGUGCUGGAAUAACAGCAACAGUUCUGCAUGGCCCUGCAGCGCAUGUCUUUGUUGUUCCUGGCCAGCCUCCACCACCUUGGCAAGUUGUGCCAAGGUGGUGGUGUUUGCCAAACUGUUUGGUGAACAAUAUCCAAGGAAAUGUGCCUGCAGUGAAGUGGCCAGCCAUGACAAAUCUGCUGCCAGGAACCUCCCAGGUAAGGUAAGGUUGGGGGAAUAUUCUAUGGCUGUGUGUGGCCUCGGUGCUCUUCACUGUCACAUUGACCCUUGAGCCUAUAGGGGGGCAGGAACCCAUCACCCUGGAACACAGGGCCAGUGUAACAUCUGGGUUACCACAGUUUACCUUCCACAGGUUUCCGCAGGUACCCAUUUGUUGACGAGCCCGAAAGGAAGGAUAAACAGCUGGGUGGGGUGCACACUAACUGCCCGGGACCAUUUUAAUGUUUGUUACAUUUCCCCGAUUUUCAUAUUUCAUGAUGAGUCACAAUUGGAAUGUUGUGCAGAAAUUGGCAAGUAUACCCAAAGGUGCCAAGACUGCACUUGCAGAGGUCUAUAAAGCCUCUUUUUUUGGCAUUACUGCCAUCCCAAUUCUUCGGACUGCAUCUGCUGAAGGACAGCAGGCCAGGGAAGGCUUCCUGGGGCCUUGAACUGAUUGGGGUGAAGUUGUUUGGUUGUCUUGGGGCAUUAGGGAAGCUCCAUCAUGGCCCUUCUCGUAAGCCAUGGAUGGACUCAUGGCUGAGGGUACAGUUUGUGAGUGCACGUUCAUGUUUGUCCAUCAGUGCACCACCUUGGCCCUGCCCUCCUGCACCAGGCUCUGGCACAGGUCCUCUUCUCCCAUCUGGCUCAGCCCUGCCAUUGAAAACUCCUGCUGCCAUCCAGAGCCUGCCCCUGGCUCAGUGAAUCUCCCCAUGCCACCUGUGGUGUGUAUGGUGGUCUUUAAGGCAGACCACACAAUGGCAGUGGUGGCAGAUGUUGUAGGGCUUGAUGCCCCUGAAUAAUGCCUCCUGUGGCUGAAGUGCAGUGCUGACUCCUCCUUUGUCACUGUGUUUCAUUGCUUCUCUUGCUGUGGGCAGGCCCUGAAGCAGGUCUUGUUGUGCCUCUCACUAUGAGGCGGUACAAGGCCUCGGCCCUCACUCACAGUGCGUCCCAGCUGGGUGACACUUUAGGGACAAAUCUUGAUUGUCUUGCUUGUCUUUUGCACAGAAAUGGGAGGAACACAAGCACAAAAUGAAGAUAAUUUCCCCUCACUUGAGAAAAAAUGAAGUUGGGUCUAGGAAUCUAUGAAAAAUGUCUUUAUAGUCUACCAUGUUAUAAACUGCAGACAAAGGGACCCCGGCCUUACCCUGCAGAGGGCAAGGCUGGGCUGGGCUGCCCUCACCCACCUGCCUGGACGUGGCCCAGAAUAUUAGCCAAAAAGGCUCUUGUGUUUUUUUCUUGUGCCUCCCACGCUGCCUCUGUGGAAAAACUGGGUGACCACUUAUAGUUAUUUAUGAAACUUGAGACUAGGAGUCAUUGUGACCCCUGUCUUGGCUACAAGGACUGGGGAAAUUGAUGAUGCUGAUGAUGUCAUAUUACUCAAGAAUGAAAUAUAAUAAACUUUUAUACUCAUGGACACUACCUUUGACUUGCCCUUGGUGUUCCUUGGGGCCUCUUGAUGGUGUUGAUGCCUGGCCCUCCAGUGCCCCUCCUGCAGGAGUGUGUGGCAGGCUGAGGGAGGCUGGCUCCUGCUGGGUCUGGGCCCACUGGCUCACCAGCAGAACACCACUGCCAAUGUAUACACACACAGCCACUAUAAAGAUUUUCCAACCUACUGAUGACCACUACUAUUACUCCUAAUGCUGCUACUACAACUACUACUACUACUACUACCAUUGCUGCUGCUGCUACUACUACUACUACUACUACUACUGUUGCUGUUUCUACUAUUACUACUAUAACUACCACUGAUGUCACCAAUAGAUGCUCUGCAAUGACUUUGAUCAACAACUUGGCCUAAAAUGCUUCUACUACUACUACUACUAUUACUACUACUACUUCAAGUGCUAAGUAAUGGAGCAAGGACACACCCCUGCCUCACUACUGAAUUAACAGAGAAGUGAGAAAUGCCUCCCCCACACCUCACAGCACUCUCAGUCCCAGGGUAAAGGCCACACACAGGUCAUCAUCAACACACACACACACACACACGGGUGAUCAUUACACAGGUGGUGCAGGUAAAGACUGAAGGAAGACUCCAAUCACACUUUAAUGAGAAUAUUACAUCAAGCUUCUGACACUCACUGUAAUGCACAUUCUGCCAGGAGUGUUUGGGCGUUGGCAGCAAUGAGUCUGAAAACUGAACAAACUUCCUUCAUGAAUAUAAAAAGAUCUCGCUGCUGGGCAUUACCAUACAAAAAUAGUACACAUCUUACAUGUUAGCUAAGCAUGCACUGAUGCUCCCUGCGGCUGAACCGUCACAGGCAACACACCAACCCUUGAAUGUGAUGACCUGUUUAUACCACUUUGUUAUGGGAAUGAUGACGUAAGAGAAAGUACACCAAGCUUGGGAUUCUGAACGUUAUGCCAAGAAUCAGUGCUGGUGAGGACAUCAAGGAGUACAGUCCAACAAGGCAUGACACUGGCAAUGGUAAGGAAUGCUGACGCUCUCAUCUGGCCACUUAGCAGAGGUGAGGGAGGAUGGACAUUUUGGUUCAGCCGCAGGGAAAGUCACUAACAGGAAGUCUGGGCCAACACCACAAUCCAACACAGCGGGUUCAUAAGCUAACAAACCGAAUACCAGCGACCGCAUUUCUAGUAUAGUGUUUGGUGUUCAUGGAGAAGCUAAGAACUUUGAGGAAACUAUACAGGAAGUCUCGUUUAGUAUUGGAUGCUUGAGAGGAAUUCCUGACCGUUGUGGAGGCUAUAGGAUUGUAUUGCUUGGUUUACUGGCUUACAAUGACUGUGGGCCGCUUUCACAGUCAUUCUGUUUGUUUUGAUCGUUACCAAUGGCGACGAUCGACGCUAUAGUAUUUCCACAUAAAACUGGCCGAUGGGGUAGUGGCGGCUGUGGGGUUAGCCUAGCAUUGCACCUUACCACACACUCUCAACACCUCUUGCUUCCUCUGCAGCUCCCACUACCCCAUAGGCCAGUUUCACGUGGAAAACUAUAGCGUCAAAACAAGCAAAGUGACUGUGAGAGCGGCCCUAUGUUUGGACCAUGGUGCUGACCCUUACUUGCUAGUCUACGCUGAAUCUGAAUGCGGUGAGUCAACAAAUCCCUACACACCAUUCUGAGUAACGUUCAUACCAGGAAGAAACACGACUUCGGAAAUUUGAACCAAGGCAUAAAAAUGAACAAUUGUCUUAAAAAUGCUUAUAUACCAAUUGUUAUUUUGAAUGAAGUUCAUUUCCAUACCUCAGCUUCAUCUUGCAGGGUAGUUUUCCUUCCUGAUAUGAUUACUAAAAACAGUGUAUAUACAUGAGGCAUCCGUGGAAGAAGGGGCGUAAGGGACAAAGCCAUUUUUUCUAGCUUACACUGGGAAAGGAAGAAGAAAAUCAUAAUAACCAUCAGUGAAAAGUACAACACAUAUCCCAGACAGCGAGAAGAACAUAUCAGGGAGUGCCAUUACAAAGGCUAUACUCCCGACCUACAACUGAACUGAACUGAACUAGGCAGACGACACAUUACAGGAAGAACAAAAAACAAGUUGCCGGGGAAGAGCGAUGUUGCAUUUGGUGUACCGAGUAUCGCUUUCCCUGGCAACUUAUACAUUGUUCUUCCUAAUAUGUGUAGAAUAGAACAAAACGGCCUUGUCCCUUACGCCCCUUCUCCAGGCACCUCAAAUUUCCAGACAUCCCUUACAGCCAAAAUACUCCCACAACAGUUACAGAAUAUAAUGGUACACCACCUCUCCACUCCACUCAUAAUGGCUCUGAUGGAGUAUUUCUACUACUGCACACGAGAAACUGAUCUAUUUGGGAGUAAAUGUUUCUCCCAACGGCAGUGAUUCGAACCUGGGCCCCUGAGAUGCAAGGUGAACACUCUAGCAUCGAGCCAAAGGGUGCCUCACAGCUUAAGGCCUUGCAAGUCUUACACUAGAUUUUUUUAAACAUCAUGUCGUAUUAGUAUUAUUAACAGUUAUGUGGCUAGUUUGGCUUUUUGAUGACAUUUCUGGAGUGGAGUUAGCUAGAAGUGUUGAGUUUUCACUGUUAGGUCAACACAUUGAAAUCUCAGUCAUAAAAAGUGAUGUAACAAAAGCAACAAAGCCAACUACCAACAUAUUCCAAACUCCGUCGUAACAAAUGGUAUAAAAAAAUCAAUAAAACCAACUACCAAAAUAUUCCAAACUCAGCCGUAACAAAUGGUACAACAAAAUCAAUAAAACCAACUACCGAAAUAUUCCAAACUUAGCCAUAACAAAUGGUACAACAAAAUCAACUACCCACGCCUUGAAAAACGGGUUAUAAAGACAAAGCAGCCACAGCAUUGUUUAUGAAUUCUAAUGCGACAUCUCAAAAAUCAGGCGUUUGUCCACAUCUCAGACCAUUACAUCUCUAGAUACAAGAGUUGCCUUUAAACACGGUACAUGCAGCAAUACAAUGAUUACGUGGCACCAAUGAAACCCGACGUACACUAAAAUACAGUGAUCUCAUGGAACCUGUGAAAUUUGAGACAUCCAGAGACGAGAGAGCCAAAGGGACAGAGACGUUUUUUUUUGGUCAGCGCUGGGAAAGAACAAGAAACAAGGUAUACAAGGGAAUAGUGACCUUGUACUUGGUGUAUCGAUAGUCACUUUUCCCUUGCAAUUUAUACCUUGUUCUUCCUGGGGUGUUCUUCCUCUCUUCUCCAUUCUUUUGUUUUCAUUUCCUUCCCUUAUUCUUCUUCAUAUACCUUCCUCCCCUUCCCUUUUCCCCUUUCCUCCCUCCCCCUUCCCCCAUCUGUGACUACAAAAAAUAGGUCUGUCCCUUCCGCCUCCUCUUCGGAUGCCUCACUUAAGUACACUACAAGUUUCCCCAUACGUGAGUUAGUAUACAAUAUAGAUGUUCCGUAAGACAAAAUAUGUAUACGUGUUUGAAAUUGUUAAUACGUACAGCCUGGAGCUUAUGUGGAGGGAAUAUGGUUGAUGAUGAGGAGGAAGAGGAGGAGGACAACAUACGAUCAGUGGAGGGGUGAUAAUGAACUUCGAACAUAACUUUCUGGACAUUAAAAAUAAAUAAAUAUAUAAAUAAAUUAACCGUCAACCGAGAAAUCCGAACAUGACUUUCUGGACAUAAAAAAAAAAAUAAA